AUGACAAGCAGAACAGAAGAAGGAGAAGAAGAGAAACUCUUAGUGGGAGUCUUGGCGCUGCAAGGAGCCUUUGAAGAGCAUCAGACUUGUCUAGAAGCUGUGGGAUGUAACACCAAGCAGGUCCGAACUCCCACCGAUCUGGAAGGCUUGGAUGGUCUGGUCCUUCCCGGUGGCGAAUCGACAGCGAUGGGCUUGAUUGGCACUGGCGGCGGCAACGGAAAACAAAAUAUGUGGUCCGCCUUGCAAGAGUUUUCGGCGCGUAAACCAACCUGGGGCACUUGCGCUGGAAUGAUUUUAUUGGCGGAACGCUGUGUGGGUGCUUCGGCCGUCAUUGAAGACGGUCAAGCUUUGGUGGGUGGUAUGGAUAUGCUCGUGUGUCGCAAUUAUUUUGGAUCUCAAGUUUCCAGUUUUGAAAUGCCCACCAAAUUCUUUGAUGAUCCAAAUCCAUUUCCUGGAGUCUUUAUCCGAGCUCCUGCCAUUUUGAGUGUCAAUCAAGCUGAUCAAGCUACUGCAAAAGAUGGUAGUAGUGGCAUUCAAGUGCUGGCCAAAGUGGUAGCCACUCCCUGUCGACAAGCCGCCGUGGUAUUGCACGAAUUGGAACAAAAAUUAGCCAAAGGCGAACAAGUAGUUGUCAUGGGAGUCGUAGAUGCCUUGGAUAGGACCGAAGAUGAAACCUCUCAUCAACAGCACAUUGAUUUUAAACAAGUUACUACCAACAACUCCAACACAUCCACCAAACCAUCCCUGGUCCUUCCAGGAGCUGCCAAUGGCACCAAUGCGCGAGAAGUCAUUUGUGCCGUGAAACGCAACAAUCUGCUCUGUACGGCAUUUCAUCCCGAAUUGACGGAUGAUUAUCGUUGGCAUCAGUACUUUGUCGACAUGGUACAAGACCACGCCAAGAAGGAACAAAAGGAACAGAAAUAG